UCGCGCUUGAUCACGUGGUUCAGUUACCUGUACAAUAAUAUACACAGGUGUCUAGGUUUACAGUGAUAGACUGAAAAAGGACAGUUGUGAGUGAAUUUAAUAUCAGAAAAGAUGCAUAGCACGGGGAAUACUAGGAUGUUCCGCUCUUACCAGAGUAUUUUACCAUCCAGUAAUAAACUUUUACAAAUGAAAUGGGAUCAAACGUACUACAAAGAGCACCGAAGACUGGUGAAGGAAGCCCAGCCUAUGGUAGACACAAAAGCACCAGCAACAUAUAUGCAUCUUCAUUUGAAACUAAAAAAAUUACAGCUUGAGGAGGAAAGAUUGGCCACCAUAGAGCGUGACAACCGUAUCCUGCUGGAGAAAAUGUCUUACAUCAUGAGAACUAGGGGACGUGUAGAUAAUAGAAAUAAUUACGAAUAUAAGAGUUUGAAUAGAGAGAAACGUCAACGAGAGUUACUAAGGGUAACUAAAGAGAACCAGGCAAUAUUGAAGCGUAUCAUGAUGAGAAAACCAGAGUACAGCGCCACCAAGUGGCAACAAGAAUGGGAGGAGAAUCAAGCUUUCAUGGACAGUAUCUCCCACUUCCCCAAGGACUGGUGGAUAGAUGAAAAACAAAACACCAAUGUGAGUCGGACAUCUUUGAAUCGAUCAAAGACCUUCACACAAGGUGAUCGACAGAGGACAAUGUCGGUUGAAAAUUCACCAUAUGGAAAGAAACCCGACAGUGCAACACCAAAACAAGUAGAAAAAGAAAGUGAAAAAGAAAAUGUAGAGCGUAAUUCUGAUGACCAGAAAGAAGAGGAGAAUGAAGCCAGUCAAACUCAAGAAAAAGCAUGAAAAUAAAUAUUUGUGAACCAGUCUAUCAAUGUUUCUGUGCCGUCUGCUUGUGGCAAUUUGCUCGUUGAAAUAAUUUCUUACCUCAUUUGAAAAAUGAUCAUCACUUGACUGUUGAACAGAGGUGGUCAUACAGCAAGGCCAUUUUGUGCUGACAUAAAUAAAUGAUUAUAAUUUAUAUAAAACACUGAAAAAAAGAGUAAAAAUCUCUAUGUUUGUAAUUUUGCACUUUUUAAGGUUUUUUUUAAGGAAUUCAAAUUGAGUUUCACUGCCUUUAGAGUUUUUCUGUUUGAAUGAAUUUUGAUGAAUGUUCCUUUUUCAUCAUUCUGCUGUAAGCAAUAUUAUAAUAUGAAAACAAAAUAUGAUAUAAAAUAUUUUAUUCUUGGGGUUAUGUUGAUGUCAAUUAUAUUUCAUUGCAGCUAUUAAUUUUAUCUGGACUAUUUUUAUAUCAGUUUAAUUAUGAAAAGAUAACUAUUUUUUAAAAAAAGAUCUGGUUUUAUUUGCUUAUAAAUUUGUUGAUACAGUGAUCAUCCUAGUAUGACACAGCUUUUAUUAUUGUUAUAAAAAUGUCUGUGUCUCCUAGAAAUCUAAGGCUGGGACAUAAUAUAACAAGACAAUUAAUUGACAGCCUAAAUCAAUAAGCAUAGUGUAUAAACCAUUAUACCUGUGUUAAAUUAGUUAUUAUGAAUAAUUACUUGGAUAAAUUUUCAUAACAUCAUGUUAAGACCACUUAGAUACAAAAGGACUGUGUUUAAAUCUUAUAUGAAGGUUGCCUUAUAAUAUUUCUGUUAUAUUUAUACACCAGUUACUAUGAACAAAGAAAAUUUCACAAUCGUCAACAAGACAAAAUUGCAGUGAGUGUGCCUUGUUGAACACAAGAGAAUCUUCAUUUUUCUUUGUCUCUAUUUAUUAUGUCCGAGCCUUUAGAACUUUUAAUGUAAAAUAUAUAUAUAGAUUAUGUAUAUAAUCAAUAACUGUAUUGUUGCUGUAUCUUUGUGUGAUCCUUUUUUAUUUCAUAAUCAUUAUUAUGUACAACAAUAUUUUAUACAUGUACUGGUAUUAUAUGCAUUAUUUAUAAAAAAGAUCUGUGACUGUAUACAUUGUGAUAGAAUGAUUUCAACUAAAACCUCAAGUUACUCACACAACAGCGGCACAGUUUUCCUACUUUAUUUGGUCUGUUACAAGAUUUAGAUGAAUUACAGACCACAUGAUAUCAUUUAAAUUAUAUGUUUUUACGGCUUAAUUUUUUCAAAUUAUUAAGAAGAAUAUUUUCUAUCCAUUUAAAGCCGGAAAUAUUUGCACAGCAGUUCUGCUAUGUCAGUUAAGAACCAAUUUCUUACACUUCAUACAUAUUUGUUAUGAGAUUUUUUCUUCAAUGUAAACAUGGAAAUUUGCAUAUGGAGCUGCAAAAGAUAGAUUUCCAUGAAAUAAUAUCAUUUUUUCUUGUGAUCAUUCUUUAAUGACUGAAGUUAACAGUAUCCAAGUAAUGUUAAAUAAUGACAGAAU